AUGGCCAAGAAGACCCAGAACACAAAAUCAAAAACUCCUCGUCAGGGCCCUGUACCACAGUCAUCAUCAGGCAAGGCUCCGCAGCAGGCCGAAGAGGCCGUCAGCCCGCAGGAUGCAGCUACCCGGCGGCAACACGCCGCCAUUCUCGAAGUCUUCCGCAGGGUCUUUGGCGAGACGACCCUGUCUGCGGACGACUUCACGACAACUCUCCAAGAGGUGAAGCAGGCUCUGUUCAACCGGGAGUUCGACAAGGCCUUUGGCAACGAGAAGUAUCUCGACGUCUACGCCGCGAGAUGGAGCCCGCCGAGAGCCAUGUGCUAUUCCUCUGUUCUCGGCGGUGUCGAGACGUACCUACGGGACAUCCUGCAGAGUCAGAGCGCACAAGCAGGCGAGGAUGACGCUGCGCGACCGCCGCCUUCCCGACUCCGGGUGCUCUCGAUAGGUGGUGCCGCCGCAGAGCUCAUCGCCGUUGGCUCGUUCUUAGCUCAGCUUGAGAAUGUGUCUGGCGACGUCUACCUCCUAGACUCAGGCCCGUGGGACUCGGUCGUGCAAAAGCUGUACGCCGGUCUCACGACUCCCCCGCCGGUGUCCAAGUACGCCAGCGAGGCAGCGAGGGCAGCUGUGUCCGCCAUAAUUCCUCCGUCUCGCCUCACAUCCACCUUCCGCCAGGUUGAUGUCCUCGAGGCUGACAAGGAGUACAUGUCCAAACUUCUUGGCGCUGACGGUUCCACGGCCGCGCCGGUGCUCAUCACCGUCUUCUUCACGCUCAACGAGCUCUUCACCGCCGGCGGCAUCGGCAAGACCACCAAGUUCCUCAUGAAUCUGACCGCCGCUGUUCCCUCGGGCUCGCUGCUGCUCGUGGUUGACAGCCCCGGCAGCUACUCGGAGACCGUAGUGGGCAAGCAGUCACGGAAAUAUCCCAUGCACUGGCUGCUCGACAAGGUGCUUACGAGCGUCGAGGACUGCGAGUGGACGAAGCUCGAGUCCCACGACUCCAUCUGGUUCAGGCUGCCCGAGCGCGUCGACUACCCCAUCUCCCUGGAGAACAUGCGGUAUCAGAUGCACCUGUAUCGAGCGGUCAAGCCCGCGCCCAGCGGAGGUCCUUGA